AAAAUAAAGAGAUAAAUUAAAUCCAAAACAGAAACAGCGACUCUAAUCACAGCCGCUCACUCUUCUUCUUCUUCGUUAAUCACCAUGUACAUCUACAGUCUAACCCUUCAACAAUCCACCGGAAUCCUCUGCGCCAUAAACGGAAGCUUCUCCGCCGGAAAAUCGCACCUAAAUGCUGCUGUUCCGCCAUUGCCCAUUUCCAGAAGGUCUGCGCUUCUCAUCUCUGUUCUGCCAUUCUGCAUUAUCGCUCAUCCUCAAACAUUGUUAGCUAGAGAGAGACGCACUCGGAAGACCAUCCCACUUGAAGACUAUCUCUCUACCCCUGAUGGGCUUAAGUACUACGAUCUCGUUGAAGGGAAGGGUCCGCUUGCUGAAAAGGGGUCGACUGUGCAGGUGCAUUUUGACUGUUUGUAUCGCGGGAUUACAGCUGUGUCAAGCCGGGAAUCCAAACUCUUGGCCGGGAAUAGAAGCAUUGCUCAGCCUUACACGUUCCAAGUUGGAGCAGUGCCGGGAAAAGAGCGAAAGCGUGAGUUUGUAGACAAUCCCAAUGGUUUGUUCUCUGCACAGGCUGCACCAAAACCUCCAAAAGCUAUGUAUGUGGUUACUGAGGGUAUGAGAGUUGGAGGGAAGCGGACUGUGAUUGUGCCACCGGAGGCGGGCUAUGGGCCGAAGGGAAUGAAUGAAAUUCCGCCGGGAGCUGAAUUCGAGCUAAAUAUCGAGCUUCUGGAAGUACUACCACCCGAAGACAAAUGACAAGACUCCGAUCAAAAGUUUCGUUCAUGAGCAAUUUGAUUCGUUUGCGCUAGAAGAUGAACAAGACAAGACUUCAAUCAAAAGUUACAUGUAUAUUCUCAUGUAUCUCCGCGAGUAAUUUGAUUCAUGUACGCAAUAAGAUGAGCAAGACCAGACUCCAAUGACCCUCUUUAUUCAUAGCCAAUGAGUGAAUUGAUUCA